CCAUACUGCCUUAGCUCGGGCAGUCAGUGCACCAGCGCUAGGGCAAGCUGAGGCUUCCGUGCGGGGCUGGAGGCUGCCGCAGUGGAGGGAGGGUCAGUGUGCGGGAGACUGAGGCCAGAAAGCGUUGCCAUGGCGGGUGUGCUGAGCAGGGACGCGCCUGACAUCGAGAGUAUCCUGGCUUUAAAUCCUCGAAUACAAGCUCAUGCGACUCUUCGUUCCACCAUGGCCAAGAAACUAGACAAGAAACAUUGGAAAAGGAACACUGAUAAGAACUGCUUUACCUGUGAGAAGCUGGAGAAUAAUUUUGAUGACAUCAAGCACACGACUCUUGGUGAGCGAGGGGCUCUCCGAGAAGCAGUGAGAUGCUUGAAAUGUGCAGAUGCUCCCUGCCAGAAGAGUUGUCCCACGUCUCUUGACAUUAAGUCAUUCAUCACAAGUAUCGCCAACAAGAACUACUAUGGUGCAGCUAAGCUGAUUUUUUCCGAUAAUCCUCUUGGUCUUACUUGCGGAAUGGUUUGUCCAACAUCUGACCUCUGUGUCGGAGGAUGCAACUUACAUGCUACUGAAGAGGGGCCAAUUAAUAUUGGUGGACUGCAGCAGUUUGCUACCGAGGUGUUCAAAGCGAUGAACAUCCCACAGAUCAGAAGCCCGUUGCUGCCUCCUCCGGAACAUAUGCCGGAAGCUUACUCAGCAAAAAUUGCGCUGUUUGGAGCUGGGCCUGCGAGUAUAAGCUGUGCCUCCUUUCUGGCUCGACUGGGCUAUUCCGACAUCACCAUAUUUGAAAAGCAAGAAUACGUUGGUGGCUUAAGCACUUCUGAAAUCCCUCAGUUUCGGCUCCCAUAUGAUGUCGUGAAUUUUGAGAUUGAGCUCAUGAAGGACCUUGGUGUCAAGAUAAUUUGUGGUAAAAGCAUUUCCACAGAUGAAAUGACUCUUAGUACUUUGAAAGAAAAUGGCUACAAAGCUGCUUUUAUUGGAAUAGUUUUAUGCAUCUUGUUGUCAAGACCUCUAUGUGUGUGCCAUGCCGUGAUGUGUUUUCUGAGGAUCAGAGUUAUUUUUCUAUCAUGAGUAUCAGAAUGAAAUGUAAAUCACCAGGCUUGAUUCAAGUACCCUCAUGGACUCAGCUUUGUUGCUGACCCCAGGUAAGCCUGUUUGAGGGUGGUGAAGUCUCCUUGUGCUUCAAACAGUUGGUAUUAAUCCAAAAACAGUUUGAUUGUCAGUGCCAAAGACCCCGAGCAACCUCAUGAGAGUCUUCUCUGUUUAAAGCCAUCGUGAUUUGUGUAGUAACUGUCUCAUACACACUCUCACUAGCCAUGACACUCAGGGUAAGCCAGACUAUCAUCAUGCUAAUAUAGCUUUUAAUAUACCCCUUUUGUUUUAAGUUACCUCACCCAUCACUCCAUAUCUACACAUCUUUCCAAGGGAGUAUUUUCUAAUAUUUUAUCUAUAUACUUUUCCUCACUGAGAAAAUUCUUCAAUUUCUCUCUUGAUGCUAAUAUCAAUAUUCCAAGAAUUUCCCUGUCAAGGAGCCCAUCCUUCGUGAGAUACUCAUGCUGAUCCACCAGAGCAAACGUUUUUUCAUGCUCAUCCAUAAUGACAUACUUUGUUACAUUUAUAGAAAGGAAUCGAUAUCCCUUUUUUAAUAUUAGGUUAGAUGUACUUACCUAUUAUCUCCUUAAAACUCAUGAAUAAUGUUAUACUUUAUACCUUACGUUUUCAUCAUGUUCUUGUUCUCUGUAUCAAAAAGUAUUUUGGGAGCUAAAGUUUUUAAGGGAAAAAAAAUAGGAAACGGGAAGACCUAAGAAGAAUGUUAUAAUUCCUUGCUCUGAUUUGAGAUGCUCACAUUUAACUACUUAAAAUCCAUUCAUUUUCCCCAGCUCUCUUUCUGCCUUUCUUUGUUUCUUUCCCUCUCCCCAUCCUUCCAACACCAAAACUGCAUUUGUAGACCUCACCCCUUGCUUUAUAUCUAGCCAUUUGAUGAAUUCUUAUGUGAUUGGUUUAUUUAUGACUUACGGCAUCUAGAAUUACAUUAUUAUGUUAUUUGCUUUGACAAUUUGCGGAUAAAUUUUAAAGUUGUAUUUAUUUCCUUGUAGAUGUUUUGAAAGCACCAGUGAAUUUGCCAAGUGGGUACAGGGAAGGGGAUAUCCUGAGUCCCACAUUGUGAAAGAAAAGAACAAAUACCCAGAAAUUUUUCUAUUAGCUCCAUACAUAUGUGUCCCCCACAUAUAAUAAAUUAAUUUAAAAAUUGAAGUUAAAAAGAAAAUCAUUUUUAAGAAAAUGUCUUUUCUUAUGGGUAGAAAUUUUUAAAUAAAGUCCAUGGUAAGGACAUAUUUAUUUGGUCAUUAAUUAAUUAAAAUAAAUGUUUCCUGUAAAAUAGCCUAUAAAUUAUUUGGCUUUUAUUUAAUGAAAGUUAUGGAAAAGUAUAAAAAAUAUUUUUCACUUUCUAAUAUUUUUAAUCGUCUUUAGAUUUCUUGGACUAGAGACAGAGAUGAUAUCUGAUCCUCUUCUCCAUGUAUGUUUUAUGAAAUAAAGAUACAUUUUCCUUAUCCCUUCUAAAGAGGGGAAAAUGUUGUUUUCAUUAUGGAAGAAUUAAUUUUCUUUUAGUCUUGCCAGUGUCUUAAUGAAUUAUUAUAAUAAGGCAUUGAUAAGAGGAUUAGAGAACCAUUGAAGUGAGCAAAAUGUUUAUUUUUUCCCACUUAUUAGGCUACUGGUUGCAUUUUGAAGAGAACACUACCAUUUGAGUCUCGGAGUGGAACUUACUGAGCAUAUACUAUGAGCACAGUCAUUAUCAGCUGGGGCUGCAAUGGCCAAAGACCUCAGACUAGGUGGAGCAGACAGCUCACAUAUAUGUUCUUACAUUCUAAAAACUGGAGGUCUGAGACCAUGGGACAAAAUGCUUGGGUUCUGGUGAGAUCCCUUCCUAGCUUUCAGGUGAUUGGUGAGCUUGCAUAGCCUCUUCUUGGUCCCUCUAUUUGUUCUCUUUAUUAAAACCUGUUUUAUGCUAAACACACGUUAAUCCCAAAGCCAGAGAAGCUAAAUUUAUGAUGACCUAAACUGAAUCUAAAUCCAAACGCCCGCAUUCUCAAUAUAAACUUGGGUGUUACAGCUUAAACAUAUGGAUUUCAAUGGGACACAAGAAAUGAGUCUGUGAUAGGCUGUGAUUAUUUUUGCCAAUGUAGUAAUUGUUCAGUAAACAACGUAGGUGGCCUGAGGUGUCCUCUACAAACCAGAGGUUGAUGAUAGAUGGGGCACAAAGUAAACAAAGGAAAGCAGAAGUCACUGAGGUAGUGUGCAUCAUCACAAACAUUGUACUCUACUUCCUUCAAUUCAGUCCAGUUGCCUGUCAAGAAUUCCAGACUUCACUGAACGCCUAUGGCUAAACAGCAAUUUUUCAGAUUGAAGCUAUGAAUUGUGCCACCGCAGAGCUCUCGCCUCAGUAGACAUCACAUGGUCAUGCUGAUUUUAGUUUUUUUUCCUAUCUUUAUUAAAUUGGGUAUUUCUUAUUUACAUUUCAAAUGUUAUUCCCUUUCCCGGUUUCCGGCCAACAUCCCCCUCCCUCUCCCCUUCUAUAUGGCUGUUCCCCUCCCCAUCCUCUCCCCAUUAUUGCCCUCCACCCAACAAUCAUGUUCACUGGGGGUUCAGUCUUGGCAGGACCCAGGGCUUCCCCUUCCACUGGUGCUCUUACUAGGAUAUUCAUUACUACCUAUGGGGUCAGAGUCCAGGGUCAGUCCAUGUAUAGUCUUUAGGUAGUGGCUUAGUCCCUGGAAGCUCUGGUUGCUUGGCAUUGUUGUUCAUAUGGGGUCUCCCAAUUAUUACCAUGUAAAAUUGGGGAAAAUGAAGAGCAAUACUGAAAUAAAAUGAAGAAUGAGAGACAGAAAAUUCCAGAAUUGGCAAGAGACUGAUGUGUGUUGAAGGAACAUCAUGUUCCGUUUCACUGUGUGAUUUGUUUCUUUGUGUCAUGGUUUUGUAUAUAGGAAUAUGAAACUGCAGGAUAAUUUAUGUUAUUUAUUCGUUCUUGUUUAUAAAAACAUCAGACUAUAUCGUCUUCAAUAAAAAAUGUGUUGAUAACUUUUAUAAUAUAAUCGAAUCCUUGAUUUUAAGGGCCUUUCAACUAUAUGUUCUAAAGGAAGACACUCUCUUAAGAGAUGUCCCUGGCAUAGAGAUUUCUAAGUCACAAACUGUAUGGGGCAUAAAAAAAUCCCCUGAAUGAGUGUGUUGUUGACAUGAUCAUGACCUGGUCCGGGACACUAGCUUCAUACCUAUGAGAAAAUGGCAAAGCCUUCCCCAGUGGAGGCUCAGAUGGAUGGCAAAGACUUCGGUUCCAGGAUGAUGAUAGUGUGCACAGAGAGUCCCCGUAGCUUUCUUCCUCGGGAUAGCAAUGUCCUUAGACUGCUCUUUUAUAAAGACUGUGUGUAUAGAGAAUUUGAAUACACUGAUCUUCUGGUAUGUCAUAAUUUCUCUGUUGGAGGAUCAGUCUAUCUAAUCCUUGAUCAUCUGCUUAUGAGUGAUUGUCCUUUCCCUCACCUGGUUGCCCUGUCAGGUCUAUGCCGGAAUCUUGCUGAGUGCAGUGGCCGACCAACUUUAACAUCACCACAGUUAAAACUUAUAUUAAAUUAAAUUUACUCCAGGUCUUGUCCAAGGAAUGGCUGGUAUAAUUGUGUUCUCAAUUCAACAGAUAAAACGCAGUUUACUCUUCUUACUCAUUUUCAAUUAGUUAUACUCAUAUUAGUUAAUGAUACUGUAAAUUAUAACAUGAGUUCGUACACAGAAACCCAGUACUGCAACACACGUUGACAUAAAUCUGCUAUAUCAUAAGUUCCUAAACAUACUUCUAAGGAUAUAUACCGUGAGCACUUAAGAAAAAAAAUUUAAACAAAGUUUGAGUGUAUUUACUUUCUUAUCUGCAAAUAGACGAGGAGUGCUGAUGUGCCUUUUCUCGCUCUGAUUACCCAUGCAAUGCCACCUGCUGUGCAGAUGGGACCUACACCACACAACAGAGGCCCUGUUCACACCCUGCCCACUGCAGCCAGCCACACUCCCAUGACAGGGAGUUAAGCAGAUGUUCAUUUUGCUUGUGUAAAUGAGAUAAAUUGUGGAUCCAACUUCCAAUUCAUGGAGUUACGUUUGAAAAGCACAGUGUUGAUAUUUGAGUAGUGAUUCAAAAUUAUGGCAGUGUUUAAGCAAUUUAUAGGAAUAAAGCCAUGUUGAAGGAGGGUUUGCUUUACCGGGUCUUCAUGUUCUUACUUUGUGUGUCUAGAUUUUAUUCUAUACAAAACUUUGCAAAGUAGUUUCAUUUAGUUCUUAAUAACUGCAUUUCAUAGAUAAAUCAAUCAUUGUUAAAUUUUAAAAUUUCAGAUGAAUAAGUUUGAGUUUGUCUUUUUUAACCUAAUAGAUUAGAAACUUGUCCCAUAUGCAUACCAGUACAAAGGUAUAUAUUUUCAAAAACAAUUAAUAUAUUUACAAAAAUGAUAAAAAUGACUUUAGCUCAAAUAAGGAUAUUGCAUGGGUAAAUAUAGUAUACACAUUUGCUGCAUUUUUUUUUUACUGGAUAUAGGUUCUAUUUAAACUUUCACAGUAUAAUUGAUGUUUGACAUUUCUCCAUAUUCUCUCUCUCUCUCUCUCUCUCUCUCUCUCUGUGUGUGUGAGUGUGUGUGUGUGUGUGUGUGUGUGUGUGUGUGUGUGUGUAGAUCUUAAAAUAGCUCAUUUAAUGCUCUUUACAAGUUCAACUGUGGUCUGUCUUUAACAAGAAACUUUACAUUAAUCCAUUAGAAUUUGGAAUACUCUGAAAUGUUGUCCAAUGCCUGUAGUCCCUGCAUUUGGGAGGGGGAGGCAGGCAAGUGUAGAGUCAACAUAGGUCACAAAGAGUUCCAAAUCAUAAAGGGACGUGAGCACACACACACACACACACGCGCGCGCGCGCGCGCGCACGCACACACACACACACACACACACACACACACACAUGACAUUCUCUCAAAAUAGGCAACAAAAAUUAAAUGAACUAAACUUAGCAUAAAACCUUCUGGACAUGAUAAGGCAGUGUAUUCACACAAGUUCAAGCUAGUCGAUUUACAAGUAGGGAUGGGUUCAUGUGGCCCAACCCUAACUGAAAAACUAUUGGCUAUUGAUGGCUGCUAGGGGAGGAAAGUCAGUUUUACUGAGAACUUUGGUCACUGGUAGAUACUCCAUGACCCUUCCCAGAGGAGCUGCACUGACUGGAUGCAGUGGUGUAUUAUAAAAAAUAGUUCUUGGAGUUGAGAGGCAAACUUGAGGACAGGAACUUGAAGGAUUAGGAGUGACAAAAUGACUGGGUGUCUUAGUUAGGGUUUUACUGCUGUGAACAGAUACCAUGACCAAUGCAACUCUUAUAAGGACAACAUUUAAUUGGAGCUGGCUUGCAAGUUCAGAGUUUUGGUCCAUUUUCCUAAAGGUGGGAGCAUGGUAGAAUCCAGGCAGGCAUGGUGCAGGAGGAGCUGAGAGUUUUACAUCUUCAUCUGAAGGCUGCUAGUGGAAGACUGACUUCCUGGGAGCUAGAAUGAGGGUCUUAAGCCCAUGCCCACAGUGACAUUUCUACUGCAACAAGGCCACACCUCCUAAGAGUGCCAUUCCCUGGGCCAAGCAUAUACAAACCAUCACACUGGAGGUGAAUGCAACAACAGCAGCAGGAACAACAAUAAUGAUAAUAAUAAUAAUAAUAAUAAUAAUAAUAAUAAUAAUAAAAUAAUACACAUAUGUGAAAUUCUCAGAGAAUAAAGUAAAAAUACUAUUUGUACAAGAGAUAAAAACAUUUAAUUGAAUCACCUUAGUCACAUUUAUAACAUCAUUGUAGCAUGCUACAAUGGCUUCUAUCCAUUCUCAAAAAUAUUUCUACAGUGCAAAAUUGUAACUACCUAUUCUUUUAACUAAUCUGGAAACCUUAUAAAUAUGAAGUGUCUGAGUAUAAUUUACACACUGUCCUCAAAACUCUGUACCAGAAUCUCCUUGAUAGUUUACCUGUUACCCAUUCAUUUACUCAUUCACUGUAGCCACUCUACUAUUACACAAUUGGGAGGUUAUAAAUAAAGCUUCUGUGGACAUGGGUAUAUAAUUGUUUCCUCAGGUCCCCUCAUUUAUUUAUUUAAAUAGAUAUCUUCAAAUAUGUAAUUGGCCACCAAGAUUCUCUGUUUAGUUUCUGUGGUGUUAUGACAUAAUUUUCAGUACUUUUAGAAUUUUUGAUAGUACCAUCCUAAUUAGUAUGGGAUAGUAUAAGUUAUAUUUAUUUUGUAUUACAUCAUGUGCAUUGCUUACAGAAAGUUUCAGCAAUGUUAUAUAUAUAUAUGUGUGUGUGCAUGUGAUAUAUAUAUAUAGCUAUAUGUUAAAUUAUAUAACUAUAUAUAUGUGUGUGUCUGUGAUAUAAUAAAAUAUAUGUAUAACUAUACAUAUAUAAAACUAUAUAAUAUACAUAUGUGUAUAUAUAUAUAUAUAUAUAUAUAUAUAUAUAUAUAUAUAUUUCUAUAGUUAUUUAGUUGCUGAAUCCAACUUGGCCAUGGCAGAGUGGAAUGACAGGGUUCCCGUACCUGGAACAGAGGCAGUGGGGUAGGGGCCUCCAUGAGUGUUGAUGGUUACUGUGGGCAUGAGGCUUCUUUGUAUAUUAAAGUACAUAUUGUAUGUCCUCUUUUGAGGAAUGUUCCCUCUAGCAAGGUUAAAGACUCCGUGGUAAUCAGAGACAGCAGGAAUCUCAGAGGCGUUGGUUUAAAGAGACAGCAAAAUGGUUAAAUGCUGUGACCAUCAGGUUGUGGGAAAGAAUGCUGAGAACAUGAGUUCAUAAAAUAUAUAAUUUCUCAAUCAUGCAAAAUAUAAGGAUACAAUAUGAAUUAUAUGAAGGACUUCACAAACCUAGAAAAGCAGUGGCAACUGCAUUAUGGGCCAGCUUGUCAGAAAGCUGCAGGGGCAGGCAGAUACAAAGGCGGUUGGAUUCCUGAGUUCAGGAUCAUCAUGGGACAGAGGGAGUUUAGGUUCAGGCUCAGGCAUGGCAGGAAUGGUAAUUUCAGUACUGGGCCCCAUCCAGCUAUCUUACUGUCUUUGUUUGUGCUUUCUGUGUCUUUCUAAGAGUCAAGAACCAAGACCAAGAACCCUUGGGUCUGUAAUCAUGGAACGAUGAUUCAUGGGAUAAUCAAAACAGAAUCUCGGGUAAUGAGUGAAUUGAUGUAAAUAAAAAUUGGGCUUUUGAUCUGUAAGAGAUAACUAUACAGAAAGUUUUUAGACUAUCAAGAGAACGCUGCCUGGAGCAGAUUACUGAGAUGCAAUCUAGAAAGCUCUCUUGAGGAAAACAGGCUAUCAGCUUGUAACCCAAGAUUUGACUUCCAACUGUUCCUUUUACUGUUCCCAGACAUCCCUUCUCUCAGAAACCUUCUCCAAGAUGAGGCACUGAGUCUAUAAUUGUCAGGUUGUAUAAGAAAAUAAACUUAUCUCCCAUAAAGAUUAAUUGAUAUGUGUCUUUUGUGAUUAUAUGAAGACUUUAAUUGGAUUAUAAGUCACAGCUAUGAAGAGAGAGGGCUAAAUUAAUUCAGUGAGAGGAUCAGUAAGGGAAGGACAGUGCUAUAGAGUAAUAUUAAGAAACAGAUGUUACAUGGCUCCCAUAUUUCUAACAACUCUUUAUAACAAUAUUCAAUGAAAUGCAAUGACAACAAGUAUUUCAUGUUUGUGUAUCGUAUAUAUAUAAAUAGAAAAUCUGUUUUUGAAGUAUAAAGAAAAAUGUAGAAUAGAUACAAAUAGACAGUGCUAUUUGAGCCUUAGUGAAACUAAACUUAAAAUAUUGAUGGGGGCAGGGGUGGUCAGUAGGCUAAGCAUCAAUGGAUUACUUUGAAACAUUGGUUGAUCGCACUUUUACACUGUUAAGAAUACCACUUAAAGGAUAAAUUUAUGUUGAAUAUGAGAAAGAUUAACUUUUAUGUCACCAAAUGUACUUUGAUGACAAAUUCUUGCCUGAAUCUACUUCACCUAAAUUGUUUUAAGACUGUGUAUAUCUGCAUAGAUUAUUAUUCAAGAAACAAAUAGAAGGCCUCUGUUGGAAGCAGAUACAAGUUCAUCACUGCCUUUUUACCAUUAUUACUUUAAAAACAACCAAACAGGAUGACCAUGUUUUAGUGUUGAUUUAAGAAAUCCAGGCUUCUCAUAUCUUGCCUAUGAUUUUAGCAAGUAGCUUAUAUGAAAAGUGUUUCCAAAACAGGUUGUUAAGUGAUGUUAUUCAUGUAUUUCUUUUAAAGCAUGCGAUAGGAUUUAAUGUAUUAUUUUUAAAGUAAAUUUUUAGUAAAUAUAUCCAAACUUGAUUCGACAUUCAAAAAAUAAAAACACAUACAUAAAUUAAAAUCACAGAAGAAAUAAAAUUUCUGGUUUGUAUAACUUUAUUCACACACACACACAUUAGAAAUAUGCACACAUGCAUAUAAUGAUGUUUGAAUCUAGGUUAGGACUUAAUAAAGCCUUCUUAACAUUUUACAUUUACUUUUCUUUCAAUUCUUACUUUUCUCUUACAGAUUCUAACAAUUACCUUCCCUUCCUUCACUCAGCUUUUAGUUCAUUGAGAAUUCGAUACGUGACUAUAAUAUGUUUGGAUCAAAUCAAUCCAUCACUCUUCCCUUUUAUACUCACAAAAUCUAUUCGGUUCAUCCUGUAGGUGCGUGGCAAUCCACAGGAACAUAUCUAGUCUAUCAGCAGCCAAAGAACAUUGACAGUACCUUGAGACCAGAACAAUGUCAGACUAUCCAAUAUUCUUUUAUGGAUAGAGAAGAGACUCAGUAAGUUCUACCCUAGAUGAAAAGUUAGGACAGGAAAUUUUCAUCUUAGCCACCAAAUAAUAAAGGCUGUCUAGAUGACAGGUCCUUUUACCAUUAGUGCAUAAGAAUGUGAUAUUUGAAUUAUUUGAUAGUAUGUCUUAUGCUUUUUCUUAAUCUUAUAAAUCAUUCCAAUAUCUAAGCCAGACAAGGACAUUUUGGUCAUUAAAGUGUGUAUGAAAUGUAUUGAUACAUGAAAUAUGUUGAUACUGACUUAGUAAGAGCUAGACUCAUUUGAAUAAAGCAAAACAGGAAAGUGAGUAGAAUCUGUGCUAUUCCUAGGUGUAAUGUAAUAUGAUAGGUAAUGAAGCACAUAUAAGAAACAUAUGUAAGUUUAAUAUAGCUCUGUCCUACUUGAAAUACAUUCAAUUAAAGGUUGAUGUAUUUUUUUCUUUUUUCUUUUCUGUUAGACUCAAUUUUGCUUUUUUAUUUCUUACAAAGUAUUACAAAGCAUACAGUGAAAUAAAAAUAAGAAUGCAUGAAACAUUAAGAAAAAAUUGUAUAGAAUAUUAUGUUAGUAUAAGAAAUAAAAGUAAUGGAUUAUUGCAGUAGUAAAAUAUUAGAAUUUUAUGUGAUUGGGUUUUAUCUAUUGACUGUAUGAAUAUUUGCUUAUCAGAAUUCUCUAGGAUAUCUUGAGUCAAAGUUUCAUUUGGUUCUUUUAAAAAAUCCAUCUAAUAUGUUUUGGUAGCUAUACAACCAGAAUUUCUUUUAGAAUAGUUUGAGCUGUAUUAAAAGAUCAGAAAACCUUGGAAAAUACUAAAUAUUAGUCUAGAGAUUGCUUCAAAUGUAAAGUUUUUGACUAUAGUGGUAUAAGCACAAAAAUAUUAGGUUUUUGCUGGUAAAUAGAACUCACAUUUCAGAUUGCAGGUUUUUCCCCUGCAGUAGGAAUUUCAUUGUGAAAUAAGAAAAGAGGAAAAAUUAUGAAGGCAACAUAACCUUAAAACUAUUUUCAUUUUAUGAUACUUAUUUCUGUUGAUUAGAUGUUCGUAGAGCUCUGACAUAAAGUCAAAAGGUUAUAUGUAAAGUGUAUAGACUCAAAUAGCAUUAGUGCGUGUGCAACUAACAUUUGCUCCUGACCCCAUAAGCUCAUGACUGUGUAAUAAUAUAAAAUGUAUGGAGUCUGAUUUCAAGGUUCCAAAAGACUUAUUUAUAACCACACUGUUCAUUAAGUAGUCGAGAAACUCCUCUGAGAUUCAAGACAAUCUCUUAUCUAUGUGACUGCUUUAAACAUUCACACUCAUACUUCUUCUGUACAGGAGAACAUAUUAUUAGUAUUGCAAAAUAGAGAAUGAAAAUAUAUUAAGGAAAUAAUAGAUCAAACCAUCCUUAUGUGUAGCACACAGAGAUCUCUGUGACAUCCUCUGGUAUCCAUUGAACAGCCAUGUAAGAUCAUCUUCUUACAGCAUAUGUCACCCUACAACUACUACCGCUUUCCUCAGUAGGUGACCUAUUUCUGUGUUCUGGCACCUCCUGAGGCGUUCAUUACAAGUUUGGCUUCAUUUUUACAGCUGCACAAAUAGCUCCCCCAAAAGGUUAAGUACAGAAUCUGAGCCUGCCAUACAUUGCACAAUUUCAACAGCUUAUUUGAACCUUAUUUCUAGCCUUGACGAUCCUAGAGUUCUUACGUUCUUCAAGAUUUUAAACAAGAAAAACAUAAAUGAUGUCAGACUUCGUCAUCUCCUUGAGAGGUGACCUAACUCCCUAGGAACAUAUAUGGAUUCAUGGUCUCCUCAUAUUUGAAUAUGAAGAGUGAACCUUCAUGGGCAGUGAUUUUCUAUCAGCACAACCAACAUAAGGGCUCUUUUUGUGUGUUCUCCUUUUGAAUGAAUGCUUUUUUAAAAUGGUUUUACUGGAGACUUCUGUAGCCUGGGCCUUCAUUUCAAAGUAUUUUUCUCAUGUUCCUAAUGAAAACCUUAUGAUUUCUCUUUCAUAUACCUUUAAAAAUUGCAGUCAUACUGUUUAUAUUUAGUCUCACUUGCUUAAUGGGAUUCGUGCUCCUUUCUUCCCUGGUUGCAUAGUUUUAAAUAUCUUUACUACAAGUUCUUUAUGUUCACUGUAAAUCUGGCUAAAUGUAGUGAUCAGUUUCAGUGACACAGCCUGGGUGCCAUUGUAUCUUGAAAUCUCUGCUGCUAGUUGAAUCAAUUGAUUAUUCUUUUCAACUUCACUCAGAAUUUUAUGGCACAAAAUAUGGACAAAUUGCCCUAAUGCAACAUGAAUAGACUAUAACUGUUCCUAACAGCAUCCCUUAUUCUCUUUAUCCUCUUAUGAGAUCUCAUGAACACAAUCUUUACAUGUUGCUCCCGGCAUGCUUAUCUUAACUACUCCGAUGAGAAUGGUUAUACAACUGUGGUCAUGAUGUUGUAAAAUUUCCACCACUCAUAGUUCCAAACUCUUCCACAUUCUGUCCACUUUCCACCUUCAAAGGACUAAGGCUUGCUGCAUCAGUUGCUCUACCAGUUUUCUAAAUUUCUUGAUUGUUCUCAUUAUUCUGACUGAACACCUCACAGAAAUAAGACUAUAUUUCUGAUCAAAGUUUGAAAGAGUAUGAUGAUUCAUUAUGAUUAGGAUGUCAUGUCACCUAGCAUGUAUCUAUGGUGGCAGAAACUUCCUGCAUGAGAUAUUACAGUGCAACAGACUAUAAAACAUAGACAGUCUACACUAGAAGUGAAGUUAGGUUAUAACCCUCAUGACCAUUGCCUAAUAACUCAUCGCCUCUGGCAUGGCAUUGCUUCUUUAUGGCUUCAAAACAACCCCAGAUAGCACCACCAAAUAAGGACCCAUAAGCCAGUUGUCACAUUUCAUAUUUAAGCCAUAUCAAUAUAUAAAAGACAGAUGUUUGCAAUCUUUGCCCAAUCUGGGAGAAGUUCUAUAUUUAAUUUAUUAAUUUUUCAUUAAUCAUUGUGAAGAUAAAAAAUUUCAUGACACCAUGAAAUAGACUGAGAAAAGAAUAUUGAAAGAUUUUAUAUUAUGACAAUUACCAGAAUUUAGGCAAGAAAAAUUAAAGUAGAAUCCGGUAAAAGUACUAUAUAUUUGUAUAAAUAAUAUGUAAUAUAUUUAUACUUUAUAUAUAGUAAAUUAUAUAUACACAUGAUAUAUGGUCAUAAAAUUAUAACAGGAGUAAAUAAAGACUAGGUAAAAGUUGAGAAUGUUUAUAUCAUGUCUUUUGACCAACUAUAUAGAUAGGAAUGAUAGUUUACCUACAAAGCCAAGGGUGGUACCAUUACGAGAUACUUUCUGACUUCUUAUUUGGGAUUCUCAUGGCAUAUUGGUAUUAUGAUCCAAUAAGUUCCUGCUACUUUAUAUGGAAAGCAGAUGAGAAGUGUGGAUAAAAGAAGCUGGUGCCAGUAGAUACAGGAUCUAGCAAAAGACCCUAAAUCCCUGAACCAAUAAGUCUAAAAUCUAGUCAGAUUUAGUCAAUAUCUCACCCAAGUAGCUAUUGGGAGUGAUAGCAAUAACAUGCAUUAUUUUUUUUUCUGAAGUAGGUAUAUGUUAACAUUGAAAAAAUGGCAGUCAAUUUUGUCAUCUUAUAGAAAUUUCAUGAAGUCAUGGACUUGAUGAAAUUAUGUAUUGGGUUUUCAUAUUUAACCUAGCUAGAGCGAGACCACCAAAGCCCGGUAAAAAUGCCUGCUUAACAACUCCACAACAAAGGCUUUGAGCAUGUUUGACUUCCAUGCCAGAGGUUAUUCUAUCAACCAGACCUACUCAUCGUGCAGUUUUUAGUUUGCUUUUGAAUUGCUGCAUCCAUUCUUUUACCACAGCAUCUACAGUAUGUAUUUAAUAACUAUCUCUACAGUCAGUACAGUCUUGUACAAAACAACAGAGAAAGAGUCAAGUUGUCAUUUACAAUGACAAUACGACAACAUACAUUGUAGUGUAAGGUGGUGAGCAGAGCCUAUACCGUUGAAUGCAAUUGACCUUGGUUUUUAUUCCUAAAGAGUUUGUCAUCCAUUUGUCAGACAUGAAGAUACACACAUUCCGUAAAAAGUCUCGGCUGCAUAUGUAUCAAAUGCAUAAAUUAGCAAAAAAUACUUUACUUCAAAAAUACUACCUUUAUGUCUUUAAAAAACUUUAAAAAUAAGUUGCAUAGGUACAGUAAAACAACUCAAAAGAUAAGUAGCAUAUUUUUUUAUAACAUAACCAUCACCUAAAUGAGAUGUGAAUUUGCUGUUUUGUCACUUUUCCAUACAGUUCUGGAAAAGGAAGAAGAGUCAACAUCUGCAGGGGUUUCCUUCCUCUGCGGACUUCUUCUGUGGAGUUUGUUUAUACAUGUAUGCCUUUUCUGUUUAGCAAAGUAUUACACUAACACAUGUUUUAAAAGUAUGUUUUAAAACUGUUUGCGUGGUUGGUCUCUUAAAUGAAAAUUUUAUUUUACACAAUGAGAUAGCAAGGUCACAUUCACUAUGGUCUUUACGGAAGAUAGGCGUUUUUCAUUUUGGUAAACAUAAAAAAUGGUAUCAUACUUUAAAUAAACCUCCAGAGUGCAGAAUAACUGAUCAUAUGCUCUCUACUGUGAGAGGUUCAUUGGUUCGUAGAAUAAAAGAGGAGAGGUUUGCACCAGGACACUAGUCUGAGGUUUCUAGUUGCCAUCGUACAUAAACAUAACAUUUGAAAUUUCUUAAGUAUUUUUACACUGUAUUUUUAUUCUCCCCAACAUUGUAUCUUUUAGAAUACUUUUAGCAUGUACAAUAUUAGUAAAUGACACAGUACCUCUCCCAAAAUAGAAAGAAAUAAAGAAGACACAAAUUGAGUAUCUUUAGAAAGAUCUUCUUCCCUGAAAUGGUUAUAUCUGCUGUUACAGCUAUGUACCUUUCUGUUGAAAAUGGUAGACACUUUUCUCGUCAAAUAUGCUUUCUGAGUAAGUAAUGUUCUUAUGGAUAAUAGGAAGUUAAGGGGAUCUGUGGAUCCUGUGGGAAUUCUGAGCAUAUGUCUAAAGAUUCAGUCCAGCGCAUUCAAGGAAGAGGACAAUGAACAUUUAAAUACAGACUGCUGGCCACUGAUGAUCUCUCUCUCUCUCUCUCUCUCUCUCUCUCUCUCUCUCUCUCUCUCUCUCUCUGUGUGUGUAUGUGAAUGUGUGAGUGUGUGUCUCAGUGUGUGUGUGUGUGAGUGUGUGUCUCUGUGUGUGUGUGUAUGUGUGUGUGUGAUUUUUUUCUUCAGUCUCGUUUAAAGCCCUUUAUUAAUUUUGUGAUUAUAAUUUACUCACAACAUUUCAUCAUGCCCUUUCCUCUGUUAAAGAAUACCUUUACCCCUUUCCCUUCCUUAUACUCCUCCCCCACUCUCCUUUACAUUUAAGGCAUCUUUCUUAUGUAAGAAUUGUUAUUGCAUGCAUGUUAUAUGUAUAUUUAUAUAUGUGUGUGUGAGUGUGUGUGAGUGUGUGUGUGUGUGUGUGUGUGUGUAUAAUCCUAUAUAUAACCUGUUCAGUCUAUACAAUGUUAAUUAUACAUAUUACUUCAAAGCUGGUGAUUUGGAAGUCUCCAUCCAAUGAGUGUGUUCUUUUUGGGGAAAGAACUUCUCUCCUUCUCUCUUCAUGAUUACAAGGUAAAGAAACUAAAGUCCUACAUGAGUUUGUUAUGGAGAUUUAUAAUUUAGAGAAAGAAUUAUGGUUAUCACAUACUGAUGAUUAUUUUGUUUAUUCAAUCAUUUGUUUUUGAGAAAGUUUCACUUUGUAGCCUGGAGUGGCUUGGAACUCUCCAUACAGCUCAAGGUGGCUUUAAAUCAUGAUAACACUCUUGUCUCAGGCUCUCAAAUGCUAGGAGAAUAGGUUGUUGCUGUCACAAAGGAAUAUUUUGGAAAUACUGCUUUUUUAAUAUAAGGUUCUAAAUCUAACUUGUGGAAUCUCUGUUAUACUUUUUAAAUGCCUGCUAAUAACUUGAUCAACUUGAGAAAAAUAAUAUAGCUAAAUUAUUGUGAAGUCACUUACUAUAUUCAAGAGGGUUUUGUUUUGUUGUUGUGAUGAUGGUAUUGUGACAAAAAUGUGUCAACUAUUUGGAUAUUUAUUGUACUGUACCAUGCCUAAUUGACAUUACUCAUCAAUGUCUGAGACCUUUGCAUACAUUGUCUCUGUAACAACUAUAUGUCCUUAUUGGCGCUUGUUCAGAAUACACUAAUAACCCCAAGUACUUCCCUUUUUAUGCCAGUUUAAAUACUGAAGAAACAUCCCAGGAUGGGCAUGCAGCUUUAUCUCAGUCUAUUGUGCUUCUUUAGAAAUCAAGAGCUGUGUUUCCCAAGACCCCACAGUAUUUCACAUAGCAGUCAGGGUGGACAUAAAAGGUGAUAAAUGAUUAAAGGGAGGGUAUGAUGUGACAGGCUUUCAUUAUUUCUCCCUGUGCAUAUUUUGAAAGUGGAAUCUGAACAUGUAUUUUGGUUAGGAGAAAUAACAGAAAACCAGAGUGUGAGUUGCUGUUUAAUAUGGGAAAAUAAAAGUGUGUAUAGAAGCACACACACACACACACACACACACACACACACAGAGAGAGAGAGAGAGAGAGAGAGAGAGAGAGAGAGAGAGAGAGAGAGAGACACGAAGACAGAGAGAGCAAAGGAGGGGGCAUAGGGAAGAGGAGAGAGUGAUUGAAACUAUAUGGAAUGUUUGUAGAGAGAAAAUCUUCACAAAACGUAUUAACAUAUAGACCGGAAUAUUAUAUUUAUAUUUGAUCCCAUUUAAAAGUAGGAUAGGACUUAGCCCUUUUUUGCAUUUUAAGGGUAGAAAAUAAAAUAAAGAAUUUUGUUAAAACACAGACAGGAAAUAUGGAUACUCCUUUUUUCAGUUUAAUUGUUUAAUGAAAAUUAACUCACAGGGAUGUGUAGGACAGCAUUGCAAGGGGUUGCCUAGCUCUCUGGCAUAGCAUAAGCCAAUCAACCAAACAAACAAACAAACAACACCCCAAUGUCUUUAUAAUUAAAAUGAAAGUAUUAGUCCUUCUUCCAAUGAAAAUUGUGAUUAUUUACUAGACUGAUGUUCCAAGAAUAUAAAUAAGACCAACCCACAAUGCUGGUUUGAGCCAGUUUCUUCUGGCUAAGCUAUUCUUAGGAUGUGAUUAGCUGUCUUGAAAAGUAUUCAAUUUCAUCCGGCCAUUAAAUAGCCCCAUUUAGUAAAUUAUUAUAUCAAGCAUAUUAUUUGCUAAAAUACAAGAACAGUAGCAUUUUAACAAAUUAUCAGUCUGAACGAACAACUUAGUCUUUGCUUAACUAUAGUGAUAGCAUCAGGCACAGCACCAUUAGAGUACAUUACCAUCCAAAAAACUGCAGGGGCUUUUAUAAGUCUAAAAAUUAAAGACAAAUUAAUCCUCACUCAUUGUGUUAUCAAAUCUUUGUAGACUAAGUUUAUUUGAAAAUUGGUUGACCAUGUGAACAUUCAGUACUUUUGCGUAAUGAGGCAGAAAUGGAGAAGAUGGGAAUUAGGAAGAAAGAAAAAGGGAACUGGGAAAGGCAUACAGAAUUUAACAGGAACUUUCAGCAAAGUGCAGGCAGUAAGGUGCUUGUCACGGGAGCAUUGGGACAGUUCAAACCUAGAACUCAAAAACAAAACUCCAGCAGUGAAGAAGCAGAGAGGGGGAUCCCAGAGUCUCCCUGGCCGAGCACCUACCCUAAUUUGUAAGCCUCAGAUCCCAAUGAAAAGCCCUGUAUCAUAAACCAAGGUGGACCUGUUUUAGGAAGGACAACUGAAGUGAGCCUCUUUCCUUCUUACGCAGGCACACAUAAAUGUAGUGAUACACUCAUGUGCACCUACAUGCACAGUCAAAUAUGCUAAGGCACAUACACACACACACACUUAUACAAAGCAUGCAGUAAAGAACAGCAUAAUUUAGUGUUUGUGUAAAAUGCCUUGAGUUCUUUUCUGUGUAUAAUUUUACAUAAUCUUGGGCAUCUGCAUGCCAUUUCAUAACUUAAAAAAUUAAGCAAGUUGAAAAUUUUAUUUGCUUCUUUGAGGAAUGAGGUAAUUAAUUUUAAGCUAAGCCUCUAGGCCUGAACUUCCACCAGAAACCAAAUUCUGAUUUCUGCCAAAGACCUAAUUAGCCAUAUGCUGAAGAAUGCCAGCUUACCCUACAUUCUAUGCAAACGAUUCUCUACUGUGGGCAGAUCUUUCCAACUGUAACUCCUGAUCAGCACUUCCCAACCUGUGGGUCACAACCUCUUUGAGGGUCAUGACCCCUUUUACAGGGUUGUACAUCAGAUAUCCUGCAUAUGAGAUAUUUGCUUUAAGAUUCACAACAGUAAAAAUAUUACCGUUAGGGAGCAACAAAAAGAUUUUAUAGUGGGAGUUACCACAACAUGAAGAACUGUAUUAAAGGGCUGCAGCGCUAGUUAUGUUGAUGACCACUGAUCUAGAACAACAAAGAAUUUCCAGUGGUAAAUAUGUACUAAAGACAUCAUGCCCAGACCAUUUUCACAAACUAUACUUAGUACCAUAAAGAUGAUCAUUUAAAUCUUUAUUCCAAAUUUCCAAAAGGCCUAUAUAUUGGUUGGUAAAGUUGCCACGAUGGUGAAAAUAUUUCCCUCCACUUACUGAGGAUCAAGGAUUCACUGGGUUCAAAAUGACCCAAUCCCUAUUCUGUGACCUUAUAUUGGAAGAAUGAUGACUCUAUGCUAUGGAUGUUCAAUAUUACUGAAAGGCCUUCAGUAUUGAGAGAAACUAUGGAAAAGUUCCCAGAGUCCUUUUAGAGAGUGUGUUCUCUUUCAUUAACUGAAAGAUGGUCUGGGCAAAGCAUAGAAGGUGAAGCUGGAGUGACACUGGGUUGUAAAUCCUACCCAUGUAACUGGGGUGCAUAGCUCACUACCAGUUGACAUUGUUGGCGGCACAUUUCUGUGAGACAUAGGAUGGAGGGACUGCAUGCCAUGCUCUGCAAGUUGACCUUGUCCACUAUUGGAUAAGAAGAACAACCAAACUGUUCUAAGCUCUUGGGGGCGUGAGUGGUAAGACUGGGCUUGUGGAAGUGCAGCACGAGGUUACAAUGUAGUCUAGGUGAGAGGUAAUUUGACUGGAACUGUUGAACUGGCCAAGCAAAUUAAUUCAUUAAUAUUUAGUUGCAAAGCUUGUGGUUUUGAUCCUUGUUUUAUGUCAGGCACUUUAAUAAAACCAUUGGAAAACAUAUGAGCCCUCAGCAUGUAGCUAUUCAAAUUCUCUUAUAUAUCAGUGACUUUGGGAUUUCAAUAUUGUAGUAAUGGCUGAGUGUAUGAAAUAAAACAAAUUGUUAUUAUGAAAGCAAGUCACAAUCGCUAAUUUCAACCAAAUAAAACAAUAUUUUCUCAGUAUUUAUAUCUUUGGAUGAUAAUCUGAUCAGCAUUUGAAAAUAUAGUGAGAUGAUUUCUAUAAUUGGUUUUAAAUAAUUUUCUCAUAUUCACUUCUGUGAAUAUUCAAAAUCAUUACCAAAUGUAUACUACAAAAUGUAGAGAUGAUUAAUAAUUUAUAAAAGCAACAGUAAGCAUAGUGACUAAUUUUAUUUCUUAAUACAGCAUUAACAAAAAUAGAAUUCUGGGAAAGCCAAGCAAAGUAUUUUUCUUAAUUUUGUUUUUUAAGUUUUGGUUUCUGAAAGACUCAAGUGCUCUGUGAAGAAGGAAAUUAGUUAUUUUCAUUGGACCACGGAUGUAUGUUUGAGUCAUGGAUGCUCUGUCCAUGACAUUCUUUUGCUCAUAGUAAUUCCAAAAUUGUUUGAAUGUACACAUGAAGCACAAAAGCAAAAUCUAUUGUUUUUUCUUGUUUUGUUUUUUAUUUGCUUUUAAAUGAUUGAUUAGUACUAAUAUUAACUAAAUGUAUUUUAUUGUUAGGUAACUUGGAGAUGGGCCCUGAAAAGAAUUUAGGAGACAACUAGGCCUUCAACUUCUCUCAUAUUAUAUGACACAAUAUGCAAAUAUAUAUGUAUAUAUAUAUAUAAAUACACACAUACAUUUAUAUACAUAUAUACAUAUAUAUAUGGUUAGAAUAUCUUAUCAAUGUUGACUUGUCAAUUUUCUCCUACCAUUAUAAAGGAAAAAUCUGAGCAUACCAGACACUCAUGAAGCAUUGGUUGAGAAGCAUUCAUUUUUUCAUCUAACAUGCCAAUGACUGUUAGAACAUGAAUAAUUUUUAAUUUACAAAGGAUGUUCAAAUGAAACUAAGAGUCUGCCAAUGAAUUAUUUGAAAAACAAUAGAGUAGCAAAUUACAAUGGAAAUGUAUAUAAAUAGAAAGAAUGCAAUCAUGUAAUUGUAGGAAAUGGGUAGAAGUGGAAGUCAUCAUGUUAGGUGAAAUGAGCUAAGCUAGAAAGGCAAAUAUUGCUUUCUCUGUAGCCUCAAUUUAAAAUAACAUACAGACAAUUGUGAGGCAUAUUAUGACUAUAUAAUUGAUAUAGUUUAUUAAAUUAUAUGCUAUUAUAUAAAUAUACUAUCUAGUAGAUUAAGGUAGUAUAUGUAUUGUGUCUAUCAUGACAAGAAAGUAGAAGUUAUACCAUUAUGGCCAUUGAUGGGGGAAAAAGAAUAAGAUCCUUUGAAAUGAAUUUGAACCAGGCACAUUAACCACAUGUGAAACAGUCAUAAAGAUACCCAUCAUUUUAUAUAAUUAUACAUUCAUUAAAAGCCAAGAAUAAAUAAAACCAGCUGUUUAGGUGUAUUAUGAAAGUUUUGUUUUCCUUGAAAAAAACUGAACUUUUGGCAAAAAAAAUAUAAAAUAAAUAUACAAAACUCCAUGAAAAAUUCCAUCCAUUCUCAAGGCCAGAUGGCAGGAAGCACUUCAGCUGACUCUAUUAACUGUAAGUCUCUCACACAUCCACAGACAACUAGACACACAUAUAUACAUCACACACACGCGCGCACGCGCACACACACACACACACACACACACACACACACACACACACUGAGCCACACACAUCUGUCUUCUGAUUGCUACAACAGCAGUUGCAUGGUGACAGAAAAUUCAGGACUCAUAAUGGUAUUCAACCAUCAAAAGUAUCCAUCUAUUGGUGAUCUUUUGUUAAACUGUUGUAAAGAAGAUAUACAUAUUAUAUCCUAUAUAUAGAUUUCUGUACUGUAACUUAAUGGGAUGAUGGUUUAAUAAAUAUUCAAUAAUGAUACUUAUUCAUAGCAAUGGAACAAAGUACUUAUGAAGCACUCAAGCGUGCUCAAUUGCUUGUCAGUCUCUUUCCAUCGUUGUCAGGGACAAUUCUGAAUGAGCAUUUUCCUAAGAUUAGAGUGGUGGGUAAAAAACGAUGAACAAACUGAGAUUUUUUUGUUUUAUUAUUGUAUAAGAAAAAUAAAUAUUUCAUAUAUAUAUAAAAUAAAUAUUUCAUAUAUAUAAAAUAAAUAUUUCUCAUAUAUAUAUGUGGAAAGAAAGAGAGAGAGAGAGAGAGAGAGAGAGAGAGAGAGAGAGAGAGAGAGAGAGAGUGUGUGUAGGGGCCUAUGUCAAUGGUUUUAAAAGUCCAGUUUUUGUCAGUUGUCUUUCAUUGUGUUAUAAGAUAUUUACAGGAUGACUUGGUGACUGACAAUCCAUGCAGUCAUCUGUGACCCCUUAUAGUACAAGAAUAUUCUUUACAGAAUCUUCCUUUAGAAAAGAAAAAAAGGAGAAAUUUUACAAUUGAUUCUAACUUUGCUCCAUUUUUUUGUGCGUUAAAACUUACAGCAGGUAGACAACUGGCCUUGCAUUGUACUUUGAAAUGAUUUUAACAACUUACACUAAAUUUAAUACACAUAUACGUAUGUAUAUACUUAGAAAUAUAUACACACAAUCUCUGAAUACGUGUUUUAGAAAUCUGAUGUUUUGGAUAGAUUCACAGAAUCGGCCCACCUUACACAUUUAUCAUUAUGGACCUAAGUUUAGAUGGCUCUUAUGACCACAUUUAUUUGACAUUUUAAAAAUCCAGUUUGAUUUCACUUAGGACAAAGCAAUAAGGAAUUCAGAAAAUAUGAUACCGCUUAUAAUUUUGUCUGCAUAAUUCAUUAUACUGUUGGAGGUUUCUUAUUUCUGAAUUGCUAGCAUUAAGUAUUGUGGGGUCAGGGACUAACCAGUGAGUGAAAGUCAGAACUCAAAAUGAAGUGUCUUUUCUGUUGAACACUGGGCACCCGUAGAAACUGAUAAUGUUUGAUUAAUGAGCGGCAGCCUUGCAGCAGCAAAAAACAUCUGCAAAAAGUGAUUUAUUAUUUCAAAGGUAUCAGAAGCGUGCGGUAUCUUGCCGAUUUAAGUAUGUGUGCCUGAAUAAAAUAAAUGAGAUGCAACAUGUGAAAAAUGAAAACACAUUACUGGUACAGAAUGUGUCACAAGCAGGGUAUUUUUGUUCAAGUACACUUUGUCAUGGGGACUUUUAAUGCUCUUCUGAAUACAAAUCAUUUAGCUGGUUCAUAAAAUCUCCUCAGUUGGAAUUCCUGCAUCUAUCAUACAAGACACAAAUGAGGGUUAAACUUAAUGUGCUGUAACAUUCCUUAAAUGUUCAAAUUUUGUGUCAUAUACCACUAUUAAAACUGCACAUAUGUCUUAUGUAUAAAGAUGAAUUCAUUGUAGUUACUUAAAACAACAUUGUCUGAGCAGAAAAAGAAGAUUUGAGGUCUUAAUUGAACACUCAUCAUCAGAGACUCAGAGGUGAAGCUUUUCCUGCAACCAUUUGGCCUGGUAGUUCAAUUAUCCAUUAUUCUGUGAUAGAACACAUUUAAGUUAGGCAAUAAGUAAUUUGAUAAAAAUAUAGAAUUGAAUUAGUAACGGUAGUAUAGUAUUUUUAGCAUUACUCUUCAAGCUUGAGUGUGUCCUGUGAAUUAUUUCUGUUGCUUGGGUAGAAUUUAUACCUUAGGUGGUAAUGUAAUUAUUUUUUACAUCACAAAUGCUAGAUAGUCAUACCUAAGAUACUUGCUGUGUACCAGAAUCCUAAUGAUGAUUAUAAUAGAAAUGACAAACAAUAUAAAAUUAAGCUGAAGCAGGCUGAUAGAAAUAUUAUGCCAUAGGGAUUACUAAUCCCUUCUCUUUCUGGUUUCUAAGCUGUAUCUGCUAAUUUAACUAUCCCUAAAAGACACUUUUACAAAGUUGGGUGUUGUAGCUAUGAGUAAGCCACUCUUUAGAACAAUUAGGAAAAUUAAUCACCAUCAUAAGCAAACUAAAUUCUAUAAAAGAAGAGUUAUCUUUUAAUUAUGAAACUAUAUAAUUGCCUAUGCAAUUGUAAAUUAGAAACUCAAUUAGAAUAAGUUUUAUGCAUGCCUUUUAACCAUUGCCUACUUAGGACAGAGAAUAAGUAAAUCCUCAUUAAAUGUUUUGUUCUAUGGUUGAAUAAAUUAAGCAUUUAGAAAGGCAUAAAAUUCACAAUUGCACUCACUCAGCUGACAGUAUUGGGAACUGCUUUAUGCCAGGCCACAGGCCAUAUAUGAUAUUAGACUACUUAAGAGAAUAGUCAUAGUCCUUGUAAACCCUCAUGAUGCUGAUAAGCUGAUGGUAGACAGAUAUUAAGUGCAUUAAAUCCAUAAAUUUAAACACAUUAAAAAGUGAUUUUUUAAAAAGGCUUAAAUAUAGGAGCCAUGAUGCUACCUUUCAAGGGACUUAGAAGCUGGGUUUGGAGAGAUCCUGGCGACAAAGUGGGGGAGGGAGGAGGUGCUCACUAGAUUUGGAAGUUAAAUGACUAUAUAUCCAUUCUAAGGAAGUCACUCUGGAACUGGAGAGAUGAGUCAGCAGUUAAGAAAACUGACUGCUCUUCCAGGGGUCCUGAGCUCAAUUUCCAGCAACCAAGUGAUGGCUCACAAUCACCAUCUAUAAUGGAAUCUGAUGCACUUCCCUGGUGUGUGGCUGAAGACAGCUACAGUGUCCUCAUCUAAAUAAAUAAAUAAAUAAAUAAAUAAAUAAAUAAAAUUUUUUUUAAAAAAAAGUCACUCUCAGUUUCAGGGAUGGAAAGGGGAGAUAGAAAGCUCUGGGAGAGCCAUUAGCAAAGAGAGCUUAGUAAGAGCCCACACGAUAUCAUAGCUUGUGUUCUACUCUUGACAACAGAUCUCUUCUGACUUGACAUCACAGCUUUUCUCUGUCUUUCCGUCUCUCUCUUUCCCCUAAGACUGGAACAAAAAUAAGAGGUAUUUUUGGAAACUUCGACUCGCAGUUUUUAAAAAUGUAUUUAUAUAUUUAGUGUGAGUGUGUGUGUGUGUGUGUGCGCGCGCACGUGCGCGCUGUCCUUUCCGUGUAUCUUGAAAACAGAACACAACUUGGAGUCAAAUUCUCCUUCUACCAAGUGAGUCUCAGAGUCAGACCACCUGACUUAACAGGUUGGGCCAUCUUACCCACCUACCCUUCGUUUGAUGUUGUAUUGGUGAUUAUUUCAAAUAAACAAUGUUUGUUUAACAGUAAGACAAUUCUAUUUGAUAUUUAAAUUCCAUACCAAUGUCAAAAUUUAAAUUCCCUGCAAAUAGCUCGAUACGAUUAAUUCCAGUUUGUGGAGGCGUGAACAUUAACUGCUGUAUCUCACCACGGAAUUACUCAAAUUAACAAAAAGAUAUAUUUUAAACAACUUAUUCAUACAAAAAUACCUCAUAAGUAGAACAAGAAGGACACAGGGAGAUGUACUUAAUAACAGAACCACACAAAUAAUGUCUGCAGCUGUUCUCAAAUUUUCAAGCCAACUGUCAGGAAUAUUUCCUUUAUCCUUUGUCUUACUAGAUAAGCCCAGUUUUUCAGUGGAAAUAGGACUUACCUUGAGUACUGCUUGUGGAGCAAAAAGUCUUCAUUAAAUAGACUUUUAGAGAAGCUAUUUGCACCUCCAGGCAGAAUAAUUACACUUCCAAUUAAUUAAAGACAAAAUUACUUCCAAUUAAGGUGGAAUAUGUAGGCAAACAUGACAUAGACCUACAUUUCAGAGUUUCCAAGAACUUCUCACACAGGUGUCAGAUAUUAAUGUUGCCUAACAUAAAGUACAUACAAGCACAUGAAGAGCUGUGUUCUUCCUACUUUCAUAUAUAUUACACAUGUAAAACAGAAUUAAGAUCAGGGCCUUUACAACAAGUUAUUUACUGAGAAACUAGAAUAAGUGUAGGGCACUUCUCUCCAGUUGGGUCUUUGAAACUAUGGCUCACGUGUGCCAGGAGCACAAGGUUCCUCUCCUACUGAAUGUGGUUUUGGACCAAUUUGUUAUAGGAAAAUUCCAAGUCAUUAUUUUGUACAUUGAUUAAAAAACAAGGAAACUUGAAUUCCAAUGAAUUUCAACUUAAAAUUAUUUUUCCCUCAUCUUUGUACCUUCAAAUCUGUAGCUGGGACCAUUAUUUAAACAUGGACAGUGAAUAGCAUUUGGAAACUGAUAUAUCCAGUUGUCUGUCAGUAUUGAUUAAUAUUUUUAAAUGGCUUAAGUUUGACAACUUAUAGCUUCAGUCAUAAUUCGUAGGGAAGAAACUUUUAAGGUAGGAGAGGAAAACUAGAGCCAUGCUUUGUGCCAGUUGAUAAUGAAGAGAGAAAGAAGUGCUCCCCGUGAAAGGACCCCUGUUUGCCUUUAAAGGAAGUGGUUUAUGGAAUGUUCUAGACAGUGAAUAUGAAAUAUAAGUAUAUUAAAGCUCCCACAUCACCCACAUUAAAAGCUCAAAUAAAACUGCUUUGUCAAAAUAGGAGUAUGAAUUAAAGUGUGUUGGAUUGUAAUCCAGAUACUACAAUGAUUAAAACCACAUCAAUCAAAAGGAUAGGACAAAGGGGGAGAUAGAUCAAGAGAGAGAUGGAAAGAAAGAGAUGAGAAAGAGGGGGAGGCAGAGAGACAGACACAGAGAAUGAGAGACAGACAGAAAGACAGAGACAGAAACAGAGACAGAGUAUAUAGAGUCUUACUAAAAAUAUUGAAUUAUGUAGGAUAAUCAAUAUGAGGUGAUGUGAUAGUGACUUAUAAGUCAAAAUAUCAAGGAAAUCUACAUUACCUAGAAAGUGACAGAGGUCUGAGAUGAGCAGUUAGGAAAACAGUUUACUAAGGGAACAUUGUAUUUUAAAAUAUGGUAGUUGCUCUUUAACAAGCUAGGGGUUUGAAGCCAUCAAUUGUUUAACAACUCUGUCCAUGGUUCUUUGUUUUCUGCUGAGUUCGGAUGUUCUGCUACCUGUGGCACCCAUUGUUCUUAAUCUUUGAAUCAUUCCAUAUUUGGCGGGGGACAGGAGGUGUCUUAGAAUUCCUUAGCCGUGUUUCUCAGUGUGUGCGAAUGGCAUCUCACCCUUCUCUAGGGUAGGUAAAGCUUGCUCACCUGAAAAUUGAUUCUAAAGACAACGUUUGCUUUUCAAGCUCUCUUGAUCCUAAUGCUCAGUGGUCACAUUGCUAUUCUUGCCUCAUCCAUUGUAAUUGUCACAACAACUAGCAAGGCCAUUCUAGAUUCAAGGGGAGAAUAAUGGACUGACAUGCAAGGAAGUAGCACCAAGUCAUCUCAGAGAAAUGCAAAAAAUUCCUCAGUUCGUCUUGGCCAACAGCGUAAUAUGUGAAGACUCGCGUUUAUAGAGUCUACGGGAACUGCAGAUAAGUUUCUAUGUGAUUUUCUCUAUUGUAAUAUCACCCAACAUUAAAAAUGGAACAGUCUCGUAUGAUGUAAGCUGAGCAAGUACGUCAUGUGUUCAUUCAUAGCUAUCGACAUUCUUGAAUUACAGUGGCUUGACUGAAAAUGUUGGAACCUUCAUCUAUGUUUAAAGCCAUCGUUGUCAGUGAGUUACUUAAUAACCCUGUCUCCAACGUCUUAAUUUUCAGUCUGAAUAAAAAUUCGGUUUUCCUCAUAGGAUCAUUGGGAGGGUUAAGUGAUUUGACACAAAGAAAAAGCUAUAGCAGUGCCUGACAUAAAUGCUUAAUGUGCUAGCAAUUUUUAUCAUACUUUCAUUGUUCUCAAUGCCGAAUAAAUCUAUGGGGCUUUAUCAUAGAAAUUCACGUCACUCUUAGUUCUGGUAUCAUUUCUGUUCAAUUCUCUGAAGUAUUCUGCAUAAUACACUUUCUUUCACUAUUAAAAUAUUUAUUUGUAUGUGUAUAUGUGUGUUUAUCUGUGUGUGUAUGAUUGUAUAUAUGUACAUAUGUAUAUUUCGGCCAGAUUAUAACCUCAGGUAUAGUUCCCCAGAAGCUAUCAGUCAUGAUUUUGGAGACAGAAUCAUUCACUGUUCUGGAACUUGCCAAGUUGUCUAGGAUGCCUGGCCAGUGAGCCCCAGAGAUUGGCCUAUCUCCACCUCCCAAUCCUGUGAUUACAGACAUAUACCAUCAUGCUUAAACUUUUUAAUGUGGGUUUGGCCAUUAAACUAAAGUCCUUAUGCUGAUAUGCUUCCUUACUGAGCCAUCUAUCCAAUCUGAAAAGCAUAUUAUAACCCAAAUCAUAUAACAGAAAAUGAAAUGUUAUUCCCUAAGCACCUUGAUGUCUAUCCAACAUGUACAUGGUAUCUAUUCAGAUGAUGCACAAAUAAAAUGUCUGUCAGUCUCAGCUUCCAAGGUCCUGCUAUAUUAAUGGAGUUUAAGGAACCAUUAUCUUUUUAUUGUUGUUUAAAUCCAUGUGUCUGCAAUGCCUAGAACAUUGAUUCUGACCCUAAACCUAUUAGUACAGUCCUGGCAUCUCAAACCAGGGGUCCUGCUCUUUGGUUGAGUCCAAAUUGAAGCUCAUCAUUUCCAAUUCAUGCCCUCUCAACCUCUCCAAUGAUAAUCAUACUAUCUAUAUACUGUAGGCUGGUAGACAGGAUAUUAUUUUAGUUUACCACACCAACAUAAUACCGAUAGCCCUGACCCAUUACCUGUGAAAACCUGCACUUAUAUCCAUGCCUGUCAUGCAUCUCAUACCUAGUUAUGAAUUGCAAGAUGCCUUUGAACAGUAACUUUCUGUGCUUCUGUAAGGCUGCUUUCAAGGUGAGAGAUAAUGAAAAUCUGAUUUGGUAGUAACAGCAGGGAUGGAAAUGAGAAGAUGGAUGAGAGAGAAAGGGCAGAGUGGAAUCAUCAGUAAUUGGCAAAUCAGAUGUACCACUUGGAGAAGUAUAGAGGAGAUUCAGAGGUCAAAGCACUUUUUGUUUUAGUAACUCCCUGUUGGAAAUAUUUGUGUGUGUGUGUGUGUGUGUGUGUGUGUGUGUGUGUGUGAGAGAGAGAGAGAGAGAGAGAGAGAGAGAGAGAUACAGACUUGACAGUUUAAUGAUUUUAAUGUAAUUAAGAAAUAUUUUAGAUAUACAGUAAUUUGCUGUGACUGUAUUAUUCGAGUGUUUAUAAUUAUGCAAAGGAACAAUGCAGUUGUACUACAGUUUGAUAACAAGUCUACUUGGUUUGGAACAGUAUUCAGUUAUUUCUCAGUAAUUAUACAAAUGUAUACAACAGUUGAAUUAAGUCAUAAUUUAUAUUUACUCAUUAACAAGCCUUGGAUUUGAACUUACUUGCUUUCUUGAAGAAUGUCCGUAUGUGUACACAUAUAUUAGAAUAAAUACUGUAUACUGUCAAAGUUUUUGCUAUUAUUUGUGUUCUAUUUUUACUCGUUUUAGACUCAUUUCUUCGUAUCUUUAUUACAUAGUACUUGAGCCCCAGAGGAUUUAUCAUCCACUUUUAAUAGGAAAAGUUCAGGAUGAAAAGGCUUACUCCUAAUUCAUUUUUAACAAUAAAAUAUUUAACCUGAUGCUCAUAUUUAAAUGAACAUUUAAAUGAUGUUUACAUAUGAAUUUUCUCUGUUUACAGAAAUGCAUAAAGUAUUUAUAUUUUCUAUUAAAAAUACAUUUUAAUUUUUUUAAAAUAUAGUAAAAUCAGGAAAUAACUUUCAUAUUGCAAAGUGAUUUAAGAACUCUAGGGAAAUACUGAAAUCAAAAAACAAAAUUUUGAAGAAGAAACUGAAGACAAGAAUUAAGAAUUCCUAAGAAUUUUAGAAGUUCUUUAGGUAUGGAGCCCAUUGAUUGUCCAGUACAGAUAUGGAGCAGCAAAAUUAUCAUGGCAGUGGUGUUGGUGGAGUGUGUGUGUGUGUGUGUGUGUGUGUGUGUGUGUGUGUGUGUGUGUGAGAGAGAGAGAGAGAGAGAGAGAGAGAGAAAGAGAGAGAGAGAGGUGGUGGUGGUAUCAUAUGUUUAAAAUUUUCCCGAAAAUGAUUUUAUUCAGAAAAUCAUAGUAAAUUUAAAUAUUCAAGGAAUAUUACAGAAGCCAUAUUUACCAACAUCACUAUGUCAUUAUAGCACUGUCUUAGAGGACAGUCUUCUGUAUUGUUAUAACAAGACUGCAAGGGCAUUCCAUAAAUAAUCAGUCUAAACAGGGUAAUCUCAUUUGAUGAUGUAGAAAUGUACAUCUCUGUGUGUGUGUAUGUGUGUGUGUGUGUGUGUGUAUGUAUGUGUGUAUGUAUGGGAAUGUGUGAAAAAAGGCAGCUUAAUGCUAAACUAAUGUCAGUCAUUCACAAUCUGGCUGAAUAUAUUAUUGAAUUAUUGGAUGUUACCUAUGUCUGUAUUGCAGUAUCAAAGAGGCUGUGGUGGGAGGUAGUUAAACUGAAACUGUCUUCUACCCUGACAGAAUCAGAUAUUUUCUCCAGUAUGCUAUUGCAUUAAAAUAUAUUAAAAAUGGGCAAAAUUAUGUGCAUUCAUCUAAAAUUGGAAUAAUAGAUAGAGGGUCACAAAUGAGAAUGUGUGAAAAAACAGUCCUGUUUCCAUAGCAAGUACAGGGGGAACAGUGGAUGUAGAGUGAUUUGACUGAGAACCAGAAGAAUGUAUAUUGAAACAAAUGUAAUGAAAAUGGAAGCCUAAAUAUGAUUACGAAUUAAAAAAGAAUACUAACAGCUAACAGAGUUGAAGAGGAUAAAAGUGAAAUAAAAGGAUACAUGUAAAUUUAAAGAUUAUAAAGAUUGAUCGCCAGCAGAAACAUUCUUUUUAUUUCUAAACAUGUAUUUAUCUACUGCAUUUGAAUACACUGUAGCUAUAUUCAGACACAUAAGAAGAGGACAUUGGAUCCCAUUCCAGAUGGUUGUGAGCCACCAUGUUGUUGCUGGGAACUGAACUCAGGACCUCUGGAAGAGCAGCCAGUACUCUUAGCCAUUAAGCCAUCCAACCAAUGAACAGAAGCUGGGUACCGCUGUGUGUGAAUUGGGGAAGAGAUGGAAAAGUUAAGGAGGAGGGAAGCCCCAUAGGAAGACCAGCAGUCUCAACCAACCUGGACCCCAGAGAUCUCUCAGACACUGAGCCACCAACCAGGCAGCCUAGAUCCAGGUGGUCCGAGGCCCCUGAAACAUAUAAAGCAGAGAACUACCUGGUCUGGCCUCAGUGAGAGAAGAUGCACCUAACCUUCGAGAGAUUUGAGGAGGCCUGGUGGGUUGGGAGUGGGAGAGUGGAAACAUCCUCUUGGAGACUGGGUGUGGAGGGGUAUGGGAUACAGAGGUAUGGGAUGGAGAGGUAUGGUAUAGGGAACCGUUGAAGGGCAGACCAGGCAGGGGAUGAAGUCUGGACUGUAAAAAAGGAUUAAAGAAUAAAAUAAAUAGUUUUACAAAAGAAAGGAAGAAAGCAAGCAAGAAAGAAAGAAAGGAAGGAAGGAAGAAAGAAUAUUCUUAUCCCUAAUAUACUUCACUGAAGUCUCCUGGCUGGAAAGCCACAAGCCCAAUGGAACGGAAUAAAUUCAGUGAACACUAUAUGUUUUAAAUGAAAGUACAAAUCACCAAAACCAAAAUUUUCCUAAGGAAGCCUUGCACAUAUGCUAGAGCUGUGCAUUUUUAUUGAAUUGUAUCCUGGCUUGAUCACAUAUAUUUAUUAAAAUGUAUUAAACUGUUUUUUAUGUUUCUUCUAAGACCAUUAUAGAACAGAACAGAAACUAUGUCUACAACCGAAAAGAAUUAGGUUUUUUUAAUUUAUUUUAUUUUUAUUUUGUGGUAUUUUAUUUAGCCAAGCUAAGUUACAGUUCCUAGGAAAGAUAUUUUCAAGAUAUUCUUGAAACACUUGAAAAUCAGAAUUCUGUCAGACAGAAUAUUCUAGAAAUUGUGAAUGUGCAUUGAUGUGCACCAAACAUUUAUAAUUAAAAAGUUAAGGAUGAAGUAAACAAGAAGGAUAUUGGUGACAGGGUGAUGUAGAUGAUAUAUGGCCUGACAAUGGUAAUAAGAUAAAAAUAGUGGUAACGAAGGAGUAUUAGACCUCAACGUGAACCGAAGAAACUGGUUGUUUAUUUUCAAUAGGUUGGUCAUCAUUUAUAGUGGAUAUUGUACUUGAAUAUUAAUGGGAGCACAUCUAACAAGGCAGUAGACAGUAUGCAAACAAACACUAGUUAACAAGAUACCAGUGGAAGAGGGCAGUGACUGCUGUUAUCACUUUUUAAUAAUAGGAAUUUUUGGUUCUACCUAAAAAUUAGCCAAUGAGGAGUAUUUGUAUUAUAUCAUAAAUAUAUAAAUGAAUAUUUGUUUAAAAUUUAAAAGAAGUAACCUGGGUGUUAAAACAUGUAAGCAGCAUAAUAUAAAAACAGCAUAGCAGUAUUGAACUGAGUAACAUCCUCAGUGUGUCUUAAGAGAAAAUAAAUAAAACAAAGGCAGAUGUCAUAGAAAAAUAGAGGGCUUCCCAGGACUAAACCACCAACCAAAGAGUACACAUGGAGGAACCCAUGGCUCCAGCUGCAUAUGUAGCAGAGGAUGGCCUUGAUGGGCACCAAUGGGAGGAGAGGGCAUUGGGCCUGUGAAGGCUUGUACAGUGGAAUGCCAGGGCGGGGAGGCAGGAGGGAAUGGGUGGGUGCAUGGGGGAGCACCCUUAUCAAAACGGGGUAGGAGGGAUGGGAUAGGGGGUUUCCAGAGGGGGAACUGGGAAAGGGGAUAACAUUUGAAAUGUAAAUAAAUAAAAUACCCAAUAAAAAUAAAUAAAUAAAUAAAUAAAUAAAUAAAUAAAUAUUGGAGUGUGCUAAUGCCAUGUCAGCUGCACAAUGAAAGUGAACUCCAGUGCUCCACAAGAGUGUCCAUGUCUCUGCAAUGAUUAUUCAACCCUGUCUCUAAUGGCAAAUAACCCUAGACAGCAACUGUAUCAAAAAACCUAGACAGCAAUGAUAUGAAUCACAUCUGCAGUUAUCAGCGCAAACAUCUAAAGUUUAGUCAGCACCGACUUAUUUAAAAUAUGAUCUUCUGAAGAAGAAAAAAGAGCAAUUUCCAUUAUAUUAUUGGGAAAGCUCAUGGGAUGCCAUGUGAAUAAACAUAAACAUGAUAAUCUCCAUGGAUAUUGAUAAAUAAUAUGGUAAAUUUCUAUCAUAUGAAAAGGACAUAUUAAUACACAAUAUGUAUGUUCUAGACCAUAUCUAAUGCAGUGCAAAAUUAAAAAAAAGUUCCCUUAUUAACAGUAGUUCAGAAUUAAGAUAAAUAUGUCUAUUAUUACGAUUCUUUUAAAGAAAAUUUACAUGUACUAAGGCACUUAGGAGAAAUAAAGUAAUUAGAAAAGAUUACAUUGUUUGAGAAAACAUAUAUAUUAUUUGAGGCGUAACAAUCAAAGACAGUCAACUGAUAAUAUUCUAGAAGCAGAAAAUGAGCUCAGGAGGCUUAGGGUUCAACUCAAUGUACAGAGGUCAGUAGCUUUUAUAUAUGCAAAUAAUAAGCCAGUAGGCGAUGUAAAACAAGUGAAGAGCAGAAGUUAAAUUAUAAUGGGGAUGAGGCUAGCAUGUCAGUAAGCCUCACCAAUUAACAUGCUACGGCAUCAGAGCAUGAAGACAGAUCAAAGGGACAGAUUAGGAAAAUCAGAAAUAGGCACAAACACUUAAACUCUGUCAAUCCAUAUAAAAAAGGGAGCAUCCAAGUCAGCAUGAAAAGAUGGAUUAUUCAUUCUGUGACAUUGAUAGAGUGGGAAUGUCGUCUGUGGUAAAGUUGAAUUCAGGGACCAAUGUAAAAUAGCAUAUUUCACAGAAAAGGAAAUAAAAAUGACCUUUAAACAGUUGGAAAGAUGCUAAACUUCACACAUUGUAAAAGAAAUGCAAAUUAAUAUUCUUCGGGGGUACCACAGAAUCUGUCAUACUGACAAACCUCUGACAAGACUGUGAGGAAACAGGUAGUCUUACAUGAUGCUUACGUGAAGUGCAAGUUCCACCUGCAGAAAAUUGUUUUACAUAUGUCAAAAGGCAUGACUAUAAAUUUAUUACAUAAAAUAUUUUAAUUACAUUUACUUAUUGAAUGAUGGUAUACCCCACACUCAGGCACACAUGUCUUCUGACAGACAUGGGGAGGUCAGACGACUGCUUUCAAGGAAACAGUUCUUUCCUUCCACCAUGUGGGUCUUAACAAAUGAAACUCAGGCCUUGAGGCUUGGCUGCAAGCACCUUUAUCUGGGGAGACAUAUGCUUGCCUAGUUUUAUUUAUGUUAGCAAAGUAAACACCUAAAUAUUCAUGAGGAAGAAAAGUUUAAUAGCUAAUUUAUUCUAGAACAUUUAUGCAGUACAGUAUUAAAAAGAUUUAAAUGUAUUGAAAAGAUUUAGUGAAGAGAAAUAUUGAUGUAUAUUAGUAAUGUAAAAGUGUUGUAAAACAUAUAUAAAACAUUUUGUUAAAAGAAGGGAGAGAAAUAUGAAUAAUUAGUUAUAUAUGUAUAAAACUCAUGUGUAAAGAUACUUUGCAAAAACUAAAAAAUAAAGAUCUGAAGUAGAAAAGACAAAAGACAAUGGCGACGGGAGUCUUUUGUCUUUUCAAUGAAAGUGAACUUCAUUCACUUUCUGUUUAUAUACCUCAUCUUCAAACUAUAUGAAUAUACCUUGGCAAGCGUGAACAUAUAAGCUCAUAUCCCCAGAACUAAUUUAAAGUUUGAUGUAGCAUUGGGUAUCUGAAGUUCCAUUGUGCCUGUGUCAAGCUGAGAAGAGGACACAGGACACCCCCACUCCCAGAAACUCACUGGUCAAUUAGCCUGGCAUAGGAUGUCAUGAAAUUACAGAUCCUACCCCCAAUAGGCAGAAGGCAAAGAGCAAUACUAGACAUCUUCUUCUGACCUCAAUAUCCACAUAAUAGCAUGCACACUACACACUUACAUACACAAAUAAGAGAGAGAGAGAGAGAGAGAGAGAGAGAGAGAGAGAGACAGAGACAAAGACAGAGACAGAGAGAGAGACAGACAGACAGACGAAAAGAAGGUAGGAGAAAAGCACUGGUUUCUAAAGGAAAGCAGAGAUGAAGUUCCUCUUUGCUCUAUAGGUAACCUUGCAUAACUGGGCUCAAUUUGAUACUCUCUUCUCAGCUAUUCCAUCCUGGGUACUGAGAUUGUAGACAUCUACAACCAAGCUGAACAGCAGCUUCAGUUGCUUGCUUAUUUUGCUGUGCUAUUGAUAAAACCUGAGCCCUGUCCAUGUACUCUAAGAUUGUUUUUGCAAUCCAGGGCUCCUAGAAGCAUUUUAACCAUGACCUUUUGGUGCUAAUUUUAGUAAAUUUCUUAUUAUUCUCUAGACAGAGAAGCUUGACAUUUUCUAAUUCAAGUUUCUUUAUGAUAGCCCUAGGCGAGCAAUGUGUGUAUGUGCCUGCCUGCAUGUGUGCAUGCAUGCAUGCAUGCCUGUGAGGUUACUGCAUCUGAGUAGCUGAAUGUUCUACCAGAAGUCACUGCACCUAGCUUUAGAAAAAGACAGCCUGUGUUAACAGUGGGACAGAAAGAUCGCCAUACAGGAAUAAGGCAAUACGGGGAUUAGAAGCCACCUUCCCUACCUCUUCACUUGGUAACAAAGAUUGAACAUACAUGAUCUGUCUCUGUCCCAUCUUCAUGUCCACCAUUAUCUCUUUACUUAGCCUUGUUAGUAUUAUAUAUGUAUCCAAAUAGUGUGCUCAAACCUGUAUAUCUUUAGGCUGUAGGGCUGUAGGGCUGUAGGGCAGUAGUACUGUAGGGUUGUAGGUUGUUGGGCUGUAGGGUUAUAGACUAUAAGGCUGUAAGGUGAUGUAGCUGUAGGGCUAUAGGCUAUAAGGAUGUAGGGCAGUAGGACUGUAGGGCUAUAGGUUAUAGGGAUGUAGAGCAGUAGAGCUGUAAGGCAGUAGGGCAGUAGAGCUGUAGAGCUGUAGGACUAUAGGCCUGUAGGGCUGUAGAGUUGAAGGUCUAUAGGGCUGUAGGAUUGUAGGGCUCUUCUGAAUUCAUUACCAUCACUACCAUUGACAAUACGCUGCUAUGCUAUAUCUACUGGUUGAUUCAGGGAUCAGCAUCCACACCAAGCUUAUAUCAUGCAUUGAAACAGGUGUAUCCAAAGGUGUGACCACUGGAUGUGGACACAUUGCCAACCUCCAUCUAGGUUGGCAGUGCCCUGGGUCUCUCCCAUGGCAUCUCUGAACUACCCAGGCACUUGGACCUCCAUCUAAUAAAGGUAGAAGAACUACCACCGAAAGUCACAGAAGACAAGGAUAAAGGAAAAUCGUUAGUUUCUGAUCCUGUUGCCUCAAGCAAGAGGUUUGCGUAUGAUUCUGUGUAAUGUUUCCGGGCUGUUUUGGGAAAUUUUCCUUAACACAGUAAUAUAAGGGGCAGUGGUGGUAGUUACUCUGAACUGGAGAGCUACCCUAUUUUUGUUGUUGUUGUUGUUGUUGUUGUUAUUGUUGUUAAACAUCUACCAAAGAAAAUCUCUGCCUACUGAGCUCAUAGUGCAGUCACACAGAUGUUAGAACUGUUAGAUUAUUAAACUGUUUAAGAAAAAAUAAGUAUUAAGAUUAAAUAUUUCUGCAAGAGGUUGGAUGCAAUAUUAAAAAAAAAAACUUAAACCAGUAAGGAAAACCAUAAAAUAUUUUUUUCUUCCUACUUUGGAGUUUUUCUUGAAAAUGAACCUAAGAACUUAUGCUCUGAAUUAUGCCAGUCACUAUACAGCUAGAUUUCAUUCCUAUAUUCUAAAAUAUUUUGAUGUUUUUCACUUAUGCAUGCAUGCAGAGUAGACAGGUGAUUUUCUGAGGACUGAUUGGCAUGUGGCUACUUUUGUUUUGAUGGUUAAAUUCUUCUCUGUGAUAUGAUUAAAAGAACUUCUAUCCCAGAGUUUCAAUUAAGUCGAGUAGAAUAACGGCUGGCAGCCACAGACUGUUGACCUUAUCAACGUCACUCAGAAGCCGAGUUGCCUUGAACGGGAAUGUCAUGCACCGUCUGCUGAUACAUGCCUCUGAAGAGCCAGUUCGCUCACAUUUUUAAAAAUAGACCUCAAGCCUCCACUAGGUUGUUGCAAAUUAACAAUGGGAUAAUUGGAAUCAAUGUCAUAGCUGAAAAUUGUAUUUCUUUGUUUACUUACCAAUUAUAUGACUUAAAUACACUCGUCCAGUGAGAAUCCAAGAGUCUUGCUUUAUAACUCUUCAUAAAUUCACUAUCUGUGUUUUCUGAAAUCACUGAUGAUUUGAUAGGACACAUCACGUAAAUGAGCAUUAGCAUUCGGUCUUUCAUCUUUCAGUAAAUGUGACCGAUUCUUAGCUCCACCUUUCCGGGAUUCACCAGGCUCACGAUUUCUUCUCCAUAUAUAUGCAUUUCAGUCACAUAUUAUAGCUAUAAAUCAUUGUAUCACCCAUAAGUGUACAGACUCAUUCCAAUUUUUAAGUGGGGGAACCUAGAUUAAAGUUUAAGAAUUUUAAAUCAAAUGAUCAGUGAAUUAGAAGAUAAGGGUCCAUCCAAAUACAAAAUCCACGUAAUUGCUGUCUCACGCUUCACUUGUAAACAACCUUUGCCCCAUUUCCCUAAUGAUAAGAUGGCCUCAUCGAGAGCUGUUUUCUGGAGGAAAAUGUGCACUUUAAUUACCAAAAAUAUAUAUUGUCUUGAUGUAGUUCAGUUACUAAAGUGUUUACCUUGCAGGCACCAGGUCUUUGAUUCAAUAUCCUCACCUCAUAAAUCAGACAUAUUAAUGAAUACCUAUAACUCUAGCAUUUGGGAGCUGGGACCAGAUGGCUAAGAAAUACUUUCUUCCAGAAGUUUUCGAUCUAUACAAUAAUUUAUUGCUUACUUCAUUCAUCACACAGUGAAUUCUGGAACUGAGUUUUUGUAUGGACCCAAUUAGAAUAUCUACUAACUGAACUUCUCUAAUCCUGUCUCCCAGCUCUCUCCUACUCAGCUUCCGAUAGGUACCAUUCUACUCUUAACUUUCAUGAGAACUUACCUUGUUUCACUUUAGCAUGUAAAUGAGAUCAUGGAAAAUUGUCUAGUUUUUAAUCUUGUUUGAUUUCAUUAAAAACUAUGUCCACUUGUGGCUGCAAAUGUCAGCAAUAUCAGUUUUAAAUAGCGGAUAAGUUGGGCUGGGGAUUUAGCUCAGUGGUAGAGCGCUUACCUAGGAAGCGCAAGGCCCUGGGUUCGGUCCCCAGCUCCGAAAAAAAGAACCAAAAAAUAAAAUAGCGGAUAAGUUACCGUGGUACGAAUGGGCCACAUACUGUUUGUUCAUUCACUGAUUGGACAUUAGCUUAUUUCCAUCCAUGACCUGUUGUGAAUAGCACUUGAGUAGACACAGCAGUGUACAUGCCCUUUUAUCGCACUGAUUUCACAUCCACAUGAAUUUCUGACAUUGGUGGCAAUUAUGGGCGCUCUACACUUUACCUUUUCAAUGGCGACCAUACUGUUCUCCACACUGACUAUAUUCAUUUUUGUCCCUAUCAACAGUAUAAGAGGCUUUUCUCUUCUUCAUAUCCUUUCCAAAGCUUGUUAUAUGUCAUACUUAUUUUUGUUUAGGGGUUGGGGCACACACAUCCAUGUGUAUGUUAGAACAUGUAUGUGGAGGUCAGAAAGCUGCCUGUGAGAACUUCCACCAUGUGGGUUCUGGGAUCUAACUUUGGUCAUCCGUCUUGGCAGCACAUACCUUUGCUGUUGAGGAAAUUUAACUGUUCAUUCUUCGUCUUCAUGGUAGUAGUCACUGUAACUACAGCAAAGUAAUAUCCCACAGUUGGCUUUAGGUUUAUUUUCCUAAUGAUUAAUUAUGAUAAUUUUUCCAUCUGUUGUCCAUUUGCAUGGCUUCUUCACAUAAAUGUCCAUUUAUCACAAGCGAGGCAUCAUCUGUCUUUCAGAAUGUUCUAGCUAUCACAAAAGUGUAUAGCAUUCUUCACGGAGCCACUCCCCAUUCAUGUCCCAUCAGCUACUCUUUCCUCCUCUUUUCCGUGCCUUGACACAUUGAUGAUCUUCAUCCAGAAACAAGGAAAAGAAGACAGGCAGAGCCCUCUGGUCCCCCACCACAACCCACUCUCUGACACUCACAAAAAUGUUGUUUAUAUUCCCUUUGCUCACACAAUUGGUGCUUUAGUGUGUGUGCAAAACAUAAUAUCCAAAGAUAAAUCAGCAGGAAAAAUUAGUGUGCUUUGCAGUGCAAGAGAAAAGUAAAAUCCAGCCGAGGCAAGUGAGUACACUCAGAUUUUAUUAUUUAGUAAGAAAAGAGAGAUGACCCGUUCCCUAGAAGAUAAAGUCAGCAUCUUCAGAACAGUCAGAAAAUGCUUCUUCAGAACAGUUACUGCUCCAUUAGAGUGGAAGAAACACAAAGGAAGAGUUUAAGACACUUUCAGAACUUUCUGCAUUUUGGCAGAAUUAAAGAAACUUAAUUCUUUCUACAAGGUUUCUUCCUGCAUGGAUCGAAUGAAGCAUCUUCAAGCCCAUAUAAUCUUUCCCCAACUCUGGAGUUCUAAGUAGCUUCCUGCAGUGUGAAAUUGUAGUGCUGGCAUUUUGGAGUUUACUAAGGCUGGCAUCUAUGCUUAAGGGACUUCUUAACGACCAUGAACAGGUUGUCAAGGCAUUGCCCUGACUAACAAUGCCUUCUCUGAGUGGAGUUUUCAUUCCUGGUGUUUAAGAUAACAAUGAUAAAAUUUUCCAGUAGUUAUAGAAAUGGGAGGAUUCAGACUGUACUUGGGACCACUGAAAGCUUUUGAGUGUUAAAAUCAGCAUUUGCACGGAUAUGAUUUAGUUAAGGGUUGUGGAAAACAAGAAUAAGAAACAGAAUUUGUCCUCUCUAAUGAGUUUUAAUAAUGAUAAUUAAAACUGGAGUUUGUACUUUGUUCAUAUUCAUUCAUCCAUAUUCUCUUUCCUGUGAAAUAAUUGGUAGAAGUCCCAGGUACCAAGAAUUAUAAAUAAAUCAAUCCUAAAUUACAAGAACUCUGAGAGGUAUUGAAGCCCUGUCUUUGUCACAAAGAACAUGAAUUUGGGAAGGUCCAUUGAGAGGCUCAAGAUUGCAUAAUAGUAGGCAUCUUUGACUUACCCCAGACCCCUUUACCUAAACAAUGCCAGGACUAAUGAGUGCAGACUUUGAGCCAUGGAGAACAGGUGGCUGCUAUAAUUGGGUAGCAGAUUGUGAGAAGGUACCAGAGAGGUCAAUCACAUGACUUGGCUGGGUGCUGUGAGUACUUUUAUGUUAAUACUUUUGUGUCAAUACUAUUACUAUAUGGAAAGAUUAUAUAUGUAACCAGGUGUUGACGUAUUCACCUUGAUCAUUGACUUAGUAACCACUAAUGUUCAACAGUAUGAGACUACGGAAGUAAGGGAUAAGUGGCGCCCAAUGGCCCAGACUUGCUGUUUUGUUUUUGACACACUUAUUGGCAAAAAGAGUUUCCUAGAAAAAUGAGCUUUUAAUUUAGCUUGAGCAUGGUGCUGUGAAGUAACAAUAAAGCGCCAAUCCCUUGAGAUCACUUGACAAUGAUUUUGUAAUAUCCAUGUACAGUGUAGGUGUCAAAGCUAUUUCAUUACGCAUCAUACACGUCCACUAUCCUAAGGAAGUCCAGGCUAAGGGUUUUCCAUUCAUAACCAUGUAUUUCCUAGCUAAAGAAUUAUUUUAAGUCAAAUUUGUAAGCAAAUCCAUUCCCUCUGCCAGUUAUACUGUGUACACAUUUUCCCAUGGAGGAAAAACUCAAGAAAUAAGUACUUUCCUUACCCAUCCUAACAACUUCACUCACAAACCCUAGUUUGGCAGGAAGAUAUGUCAUAUUUAGAUGGGUCACUGAAGAAAGGACUUAUUCUCUACAUGGUACUUGGAAGCAGGUUUUGUCCUUUGGAGACAGGAGGUCCAGGGAGAGAUGGGGAGGGGUAUUAAAAUCCCACCCCACACGGUAAAACCAACAUAAAGAGCUGAAACUUCUGAGGAUCCCACUGAUGUCUGCAACCAGCCUUCCAAGUAGCCAGGCCUGAGGCAGAACUGACACAGCUUUUCUCCUUGGAGGCACGAAAUCCUCCUCACUGUCUCUGGUGCUUUCUGCCUCCUCCAUGUUUUGAACACCCUGUCUAAGUAAAACAGAGCAUGGGAUGAGCACAUCCCUCCUCCCCGGGUAUUUACAUUUUAAGCCUUUUAUCUCUAGCUAUAGAUUGAAGGGCUUUGGUUCCAGUUAAAGGAAUUUCAAGCAGUUGCAUCUAGAUGGAUGAGAUUAGUUUGGGUCCUGAGGGGCUCUUCUUUGUCCCUAAAAAUCCUGGUAUUGUCAGCUGUACUAGAUGCAGACAUGAAUAGGCUUUGUUCUGACACCAUUCUCUACUCUCUGUGGAAACACUGUGCCUACUGUGGCCACCAGUGUCAAACACUGAGAGGAGUCCUCCUGCCUCCAUCUUUCCUUUUUAUUCUUUGAACCUCCUGAGACAUCUAUUAGCAUCUUUCACAUUUUGCGCCUCCUGGUUUGUGGCAUUUUCUUCUGUCUCACAGAUGAAUUUGUUGAUCUCAUGAGUAAUUAUUACUUUGACAUCUUCAGGGCGUGACUUGCCUCCGUUCUUUCUUUUUAUCUCAAUGGUUAUAUCUUAGUUGCUAUUAUUUUACAGCAAUUUUUAUCUAGUUUCUCUCUUCUUGUGUCAUAAGUUGUUGUGGUGGCUUUGGAGAAAAAACACUCACUGUGUCAUUUUCCAGUUUGACUAUGACAUACUGUUUUUAAAGUUUCUGCCAGUGUUCUGAAAUUGAAUUACUUUUUGUGAGUGAAUGAUACAAAGACUGAUGUAGUUUUAUUUUUUUCUUAUAAUAUUAGAUACGUUCCUUGUGACCAAAGCCUGUUUUAUUGGGCUGAUUUUUUUUUGCCAUACAGCAAUUUACCUCUUAUUAUUAUUUUUCUCUUAAAAAGUUUUAUUUAAAAUGCUUUAAUUGAAAGAGAAAUGCACUACUCAUCCCUCCCUCAAAUGCCUCCUAUGAAUACUCCACCCACUUUCAAGUUGAUUUCUUUUUUUCUGAUUAUUAUUGGUGUGUGUGUGUGUGUGUGUGUGUGUGUGUGUGUGUGUGUGUGUGUGUGUGGGUGGGUGUGUGUGUGUGUGUGUGAGAGAGAGAGAGAGAGGAGAGAGAGAGAGAGAUUAUACAGACAUAUGAAUAGAACCUACUGAGACCAUUAUUGUUGACUUUUGUUUGCAUUGAACAACCAAUAAAUGCAAUUGUUCCUGGUAAUCUCAUUUCCCCUUCUCCCAGCA